CAAAGGUACAUUAAAGGGUUCGAAUAAGAAGAUUAUAAUCGUUUGAGGGGAUGAUCAUUGUCAUCUUUCCCCUUCAACUACAUCCUCACUCAUUCAUCUAGUCUACAAUGACUCGAAACAUCCUGAUCGCUUUCCUUCGUAAUGACUUACGUUUAACCGAUCAUCCAAUCUUUUCCCAAUUCGCAUCUUCUUCUUCACAAAGAGGUUUGGAGAAUGUCACGCAUAUCUUGCCAGUCUAUGUGUUUGAUCAACAAUACAUAGAAGUUGGAGGAUUGAAUGGCAUCAAGAAAGGAAAAGGUCCAGGCGGUGAUCAACAUGGAGCACGAACAAGAGUCGCAGGAUUCUGGCGAACGGGAAAGCCAAGAGUGCAAUUCAUGACAAGAUCCGUUUAUGAUCUGCAAUCACGUUUGCAAAGUAUCGGUUCAGAUCUCUCUAUCUGGUCAGGUCAUCCUCAUUUGAUUUUACACAAAAUCGUGAAAGCUUUGCAAAAGAAUGGAGACAAUAUCCAUGGCGUUUGGUAUGGCGAAGAACCGCAUACAGAAGAAAAAGCGACUGAAAAACGAAUCAAAAAGGCCUUGGCUGAAACACAAGUUCCAGUCAGAUCAUUUCAGCAUAGGAGCUUGAUCUUGCCAAAAGAUCUUCCUUUCCCACUCAAGGAUUUACCAGACGUCUUCACCCAAUUCCGUAAGCGGGUAGAAGCGCCGGAUAUGUACAACGAUCCUUUACCGGCUCCCGAAAAGCUUAAGCCGUUCCCCGAACUUCCUUUGAUCGAAAAUGAAGAAGGUGUCUACAACGUUGGAAAGCAAGCCGAGCAAGAAGUUCUCCAACAGCUCUUAUCUCCUCUAGAGAAAGAUCCAGGUCCAAUCAAACCAGUCAAGGAUGAUGUAAACGCAGACAAAAUUUCUGCUUUACCCUUCAAAGGUGGUGAAACAGAAGCUUUGAAGCGUUUGGAGCACUAUUUCACUGGAGAUGCCAAUUCGCACGCUGCGAACUACAAGGAGACAAGAAAUGGCAUGUUAGGUGUGGACUAUUCCUCCAAAUUCUCCGCCGCUUUGGCCCAUGGUUUGCUAUCGCCCAGAACGAUUGCGAAACGUGCAGAAGAAGUGGACAAGAAGAGCAACUCUUCUGGACGUGGAGGUGGCUAUUGGAUCAUCUUCGAACUCUUAUGGAGAGAUUACUUCUUCUUCGUGAGCGAAAAGUAUGGUAGUCAAUUGUAUACCUUGAAGGGUAUUGAGGAAUCCUUUGAUUCCAAAGCAGCUCAAGAGAAAGCCAAAUCAUGGAACGCACCAGAUUCUUUCGAGAAUGAAAAAGACCCAUUCGUACGUUGGGCAACGGCUGAGACUGGUGUUCCAUUGAUUGACGCAAAUAUGAAGGAAUUGGCUUUGACCGGAUUCAUGUCGAACAGAGGAAGACAAAAUGUUGCCUCCCUUUUGACAAAGGAUUUGUACUACGAUUGGAGAUUGGGAGCUGAAUGGUUUGAAAGUCUUUUGGUGGAUUACGACCCUUCGAGCAAUUAUGGUAAUUGGCAAUACGUUGCAGGUGUUGGAAACGAUCCACGCGCAUCACGUCAAUUCAAUCCGAUCAAACAAGGAAAAGAUUAUGAUCGUGAAGCAAAGUACCUCAAAACUUGGUUACCAGCUUUAGAGCAAUUGUCAAACAAUGAUGCUCAUCAUCCUUGGGUCAGUCCAAGCGGAAGUCCAGAUGGAUAUCCUGCAAAACCGGUUUGUGAAAGUCCGGCUUGGAAAGGACAUUAUGGUAACAAUGCAAACAGAAGAGGCGGAAUUCGUGGAGGCGGCGGUGGGCGUAGCAAGCGUGGGGGAAGAGGUGGUGGUGGUCAAUCGAAUGGUCAACGUAGAAAUAAUGGAAAUUAAAGGAAACGUAAGCAAAAAUGUUUGAGAUACCUUUGUCAAGACUGUUUGUGUUUGUAUUCUUGCCAAGCUUUCAAAU